GGAAGGAAAGGAUCAUGACUUUCGACAACAGUAGCAGCGAGGUCGACCACAAUGGAGACUAUCCGUCCCCAACGAUGCCCUUAAAGGUAAUCAUUGUGGGGGCGGGCAUCGCUGGCUUGACCGCAGCCUUAGCACUGCGACAACAAGGUCAUCGGGUCACGCUCCUCGAGUCGUCCAAGUUUAGCAAUGAGGUCGGCGCCGCCAUCAACAUCCCCCCUUACUGCGAUGGAGCCCUACGACGGCUGGGGAUCGACCUCGACAGCGAUCACGUCGCGGGCGCGAUUGAGUGCACUGGCUGUACUAUAUGGGCCGGGACCUCGGGCCAGAAGCUCUUUUUCUUCGACUAUCAUGCAGAGUCGGGACGGUGGCAGCACCUGCGCCGUCUCGUUCAUCGCGCACAUCUUCAUUCCACGCUCCGCGACAAGGCGCUCGCAACAGAAGGUCCGGGGGAGCCUUGCAUUCUUCGCCUCUCAUCACGAGUGGUCUCGGUGAACCCCGAAGAGGGCCAAGUGGUCCUCGCCAACGGAGACCGGGUUUCGGGAGACUUGGUUCUGGGAGCAGAUGGGGUCCACUCUCAAUGCCGGAAGGCGCUCGAUCAAGGAUCGGGCUAUGUCCCCUUCGACAGUGGCAUAAGUGCUUUUCGCUUUCUCAUCCCAACCCAGCUCCUUCGCGAUGACCCGCUCACCCAAGGCCUCCUUGGCCCAGACGGCAGCUUGAUGGUGGUGAUGGGCACAGGCGUCAAACGGCUGGUGUGCUACCCCUGCGCCAACAUUACCAUGACAAACUGUAUAUAUCUGCAUCCGAGCAAGGAGUCGAGCCAGCACAAUGAAGGCGAGUCACCGGCAGAUGACCCGAAGAGCAACAAAGACCAGAUGUUGCAUAUUGCACAAGAAUUCGACCCUGUCUUCAAAGCCAUCUUGGAGAAGUCUCCGGAAGAUAUCCCUAAAGUCUGGACCUUGCUAGACCUGCCCCCCUUAGCGACCUGGAUCAAGGGGAAAAUGGCCGUUCUUGGGGAUGCGGCCCAUCCAUUUCUUCCUCACCGCGGAGAAGGGGCUGCCCAGGCCAUUGAAGAUGCGAUGUCCCUCGGGGCCGUGCUGCCGCUGGGGACAUCCGGCGAUGAAGUUCCCGAGAGGCUGGCCCUCUACGAGCGUUGCCGCAAGGAUCGAGCCAUGCGCAUCCAGCAAGCGUCUCGGUUGAACAGCCAGCCUAUGGAAGUGCAGAGAAAACAUGGAUUUUCCCCCCACGAAUUCGAUAACUAUAGUUUCAGCCACGACGAGUGGCACCACUCGGUCCAACACCUGCGCAAAUCGCAAUGGGCCAAGUACCCAUAUCGAUGGCGCCAGCCUAUCUCCUUCGGACCAUGCCCCGGACCCAGCCAGCCACAGAACCAUCUCCACGCCAGCCGGAGUCGGCCCUGGAAGGUUGACCAUUCGAUCCGCUUCGCCACGUCGAGCACAUACAUGAGGGCCUUUCUCCCCACAGCCGACUUCGACUUUAUCCGCGCCGAUACGGUGGUCCAGGCCUCCUUGGUGUGUAGCUCGUUUCACAAUCUCGCAUGGCUGGGCGGGUCGGGAUACACCCGCAUCGGGCUGUACCUUCACGGGGUCCAGUACACGCCCCCGAAUGGCGAAGCAGUCCCAGGCACCUUCGUCCUCGUCCUCUUCGGCGACCGGGUCGACCCAGUCAUCGCAAGCCGUGACGAGCAGGGCGCCCCUACCUGGGGAUGCGACAUUGACAUCUCCAACGGCGCCGACAACAACCCCGAUCACGGCCUCCUGAUGUAUCGAUAUGUCCCGGCUGUUGGGCAACCAGGCAAGGCCGAUGCCGAGUAUGCCGUGUUGGAUCCAUACUCACCAGCCACUAGAGAGAUAGAUCCUGUGAAUGGAUCCGAAUCGACGGGUUCAGCACCCCCGAACCAUGCCAGCGGGUAUACCGAGCCGGAUACCGAUCACGCCUCGUUUGAAUUUUUUGCAGGGGAUUGGCAAUCUCUCCCCACGCUGCACCCGGUGGUGAAGAUUCUGCAGGACAUGCCGAUGUAUGGUAUCCUCAGCGUGCAGUCAGCGGUCAAUGAGGCCGUCGACGAUGCUAGCCGUGCUAGACGGAUCUAG